AUGAGCCUCUUCCUAAGAAAAAGGCAACGAGAAUGGGACUUGUGGCAGAGCUCGCUCGCACAGCUUGAUAAAUUUCAUGUAUCAAGACAGUAUUUCAUAGACAGGUCCUGUGAUCCGACUGAUUGCGUUCACAUAUACACCGAUGCCUCAAAGGAAGCCAUUGCUGCCGUUGCGUACUUCUGUACUACCAACGAAGAGGGAGUAGCCAGUUUUUCCUUAUUCUUGGGGAAGUCAAAGGAUACAGAUUCAUUGGGAAUAUCCGCAAACAACGUGGAAGACGAACAGAUUUCCAAACAUCUUCUCAACAAUGGGACUGUUUGGCACUUCAAUCCACCCCAUACAUCUGAUAUGGGUGGCAGUUGGGAGAGGAUGAUAGGUUCAGCCAGACGUAUUCUUGAUUCAGUGCUCCUGGAUGUCAAAGGUAAAGGUCUCACUCGAGAGAUCUUGACUACAUUGAUGGCAGAGGUCACCGCAAUCAUUAACUCUCGCCCUCUGGUUGAGGUGUCAUCCGACCCACAGGAUCCUCAUGUUCUUUCUCCAGGAGAACUUCUCACCCAAAAACCACAGUCUGCUCAGUUAAGUCCGUUUACGCUGGACAUCAAAGAUGCUUACCGCAAGUGGAAGAUGGUGCAAUUCUUGACUGAUCAGUUUUGGAAGAAGUGGAAAACAGAUCACCUACAAGGACUUCAAGGAAGGCGUAAAUGGGUAGCGUCGCAUCCAAACUUGAAACAGGGUGACGUCGUCCUUCUAAAAAAAUUCCGAUGUACAUCGUAUGGAAUGACCGAUGGCCAAAGUCUCAAAUCUAUUCCCAGCAGAAGAUGGUCUCGUUAG